GCCCGGCGCCCGUCCCGCAGUGCUGCCGGCGGAGCGGCGGCGGGAGGCGCGCAGCCCGCACGGCCCCGCGUAGCCGGCUCUUCCCUAAGCGGCUACGGGAGCGGCAGACUGAAAAAGCUUCUUGAACAAGAAACAGCGUACCAAGAAAAAAAAGAGAAGGAAAACAACAAGAAAAUAGCUAAACUGAAAGAAGAAUUGACUAAACUGAAAUCCUUUGCUUUAAUGGUUGUGGAUGAACAACAAAGACUCACUGAGCAGUUGAAUCAACAAAGUCAAAAAAUUCAAGAGUUAACCACUUCUGCAGACCAAGCACAUGAGAAACUCGCUUUUGCUGAAGCAAAAGCUCAAGAGCAAGAACAGAAAGCCAGCAGGCUGGAGGCUGAACUUCAAGUCCAAAGCAGUAAGGUUUCCCAAGAUCAAGAAGCAAUGAUGGCCAAACUAACCAAUGAAGACAGCCAGAAUCGUCAGCUGCGGUUAAAACUGAAUGCACUCAGCAGACAAAUUGAUGAGCUGGAAGAGACCAAUAAAUCUUUAAGAAAAGCAGAAGAUGAACUGCAAGACCUAAGGGAUAAGAUAAAUAAGGGAGAAUAUGGGAACUCCACUCUUAUGUCUGAAGUGGAGGAAUUAAGGAAACGACUGCUGGAGAUGGAAGGAAAAGAUGAAGAGCUCAUAAAAAUGGAAGAUCAGUGCAGAGAACUUAAUAAAAAGUUAGAAAAGGAAGCAUCACAGAGCAAGAGCCUUAAAGGGGAAGUUGACAAACUCAACAAAAGAAUUAUGGAGCUGGAGAAAUUAGAGGAUGCUUUCAACAAAAGCAAACAGGAAUGCUACUCCCUGAAAUGCAACCUAGAAAGAGAAAAAAUGGUUACAAAACAGUUGUCUCUUGAGCUGGAAGGCUUAAAAGCUAGGGUUGGAGAGCUCGAAGCAAUUGAAAGCAAGUUAGAAAAAACCGAAUCCACGCUUAAAGAAGACUUAACAAAGCUUAAAACUCUAACAGUGAUGCUUGUGGAUGAAAGAAAAGCUAUGAGUGAAAAAAUAAAGCAAACAGAAGAAAAGCUGGAAGCUGCAACUUCUCAGCUCCAGGUGGAAAAAAAUAAAGUGAUGUCCAUUACAGAAAAACUGAUUGAGGAAAGUAAAAAGGCACUGAAAUCAAAAUCUGAUGCAGAGGAAAAAGUGUCCAGUGUCACAAAAGAAAGAGAUGAGCUGAAAAACAAACUCAAAGCAGAAGAGGAGAAAGGAAAUGAUCUUGCUUCCAAAGUAAAUAUUCUAAGAAAAAGACUUCAGUCACUGGAAGCUGUUGAAAAAGAAUUUCUUAAAAAUAAGCUUAAAGAGACUACUAAAUCCAGCACUUCCUUGCAGCAGGAGAACAACAAAAUCAAAGAGCUUUCUCAAGAAGUUGAGGGGCUUAAGCAGAAGCUGAAAGAAAUGAAGGCCAUAGAAGACGAUCUUAUGAAAACUGAAGAUGAAUUUGAGUCUCUAGAACGAAGAUAUGUCAAUGAACGGGACAAAGCCAAGCUCCUGUCAGAGGAACUGGAGGCUGUGAAAAUGGAAGUAGCUAGGUAUAAACUAACAGAAAAGGCAGAAUCCAAUCAAGAGCAGCGUCUUUUUAAGAAGCUCAAAGAAGAAGAAGCUAAAUCAAGUCACCUUUCCAGAGAAGUAGAUGCACUGAAAGAGAAAAUUCAUGAAUACAUGGCAACAGAAGACCUAAUCUGUCACCUCCGAGGUGAUCAUACAGUCUUACAGAAGAAACUCACCCAACAAGAAAACAAGAACAGGGAGUUAGCAAGAGAAAUGGAAAGCCUCACAAAAGAAUUAGAGAGGUACAGACGUUUCAGUAAGAGCCUCAGACCUGGUGCUAAUGGAAGGCGGAUAUCUGACUUGCAAGUUUUUUCUAAAGAAGUCCAGACAGAUCCAGCUGACAACGAACCACCCGAUUACAAAACCCUCAUGCCUUUAGAGCGAGCAGUCAUAAAUGGGCAGCUGUAUGAAGACAGUGAUUAUGAGGACAAGGACAGCAAUGAUGAGGAACAAUCAGUGGCUUUCAAAAGCAACUCAUCCAUCGGGAAUGCCAUGCACAAGAAAUUAUGGAUCCCUUGGAUGAAGUCGAAAGAAAACCACCACCAGAAUGGAAAGAUUCAUACAAAGCAAAAUGGAAACUGUGCACAGGCUGGAGACUUAGUGCUAAGCCAUACACCUGGCCAACCUCUGCACAUAAAAGUAACUCCAGACCACGGGCAGAACACAGCAACGCUCGAAAUAACAAGUCCUACUACAGAAAGUACUCACUCCUAUACAAGUACAGCAGUUAUACCUAACUGCGGCACUCCCAAACAAAGAAUAACUAUUAUUCAAAAUGCCUCCUUCGCGCCUGUAAAGUCGAAAGCAUCAGAAGGUUACAUGAGCCCAGAGCAAGCCAUUUCUCCCAUUACUAUGGCUGCUUUUGCAAGAUCUCAAACUCCUGACUCAUGUGGUUCCUUAACGCCUGAAAGAACAAUGUCCCCUUUGGCUUUACCAGGCUCAAGUUCUCAGGAACAAAUGCUCUCCUCAGAGCCUUUGGAAAUGGGAGCCAAGCAUGCUGUUUUCAGAGUAUCCCCAGACAGGCAGUCAUCGUGGCAGUUUCAGAGGUCUAACAGCACGGGAUCAAGUGUAAUAACUACUGAGGAUAACAAAAUCCACAUCCACUUAGGAAGUCCUUACGUCCAAGCUCUCACCGGUACCAAGACCAUCAGCCCCUGUACCCCAGUGCAAGAUAACAGAACUCCAGCACUAGCUAAUGGAAUACCCAGUAAGCCCACCAAUAAAAUCACCAGCAGUAUUACUAUCACACCAACAGCCACUCCUCUCCCACGGCAAUCACAAAUUACAGUAAGUAAUGUCUAUAACUGACCCUCAUCCAUGCUGACACCCUUACCAGCAACCCAUCCUGUUUUUCAUCCCAGCAAGAAUUAUUUGGAACGGCCCUUUUCCUAUGGGAGAGAUCUGUGCAUGAACUUUACAACAUUAUAUGAAACUAACGUUAAGUUUUGCCUGCUUAGUGUUAUCAAGUGUGCACUUACUGUAUAUCUUCUAAUUGAAAUACAGUUAUGUAAAAUAUCUAGUCUUGCACUUGUAUAAAUGCAUCUUUAUGUAUUUCCAUUUUCAAAAUAACUCACAUUACUUUUGACUGCAACUUGCCUUGGUGAAAUAUUUUAACAUUACAAAAACAGUAAAUAAUUGAUUAUUUUUAUCA